AUGGCUAAUUUUGACUCCACUGGAAAAUCUGUUAACCAGUCACGCGGAGAACUUUCGAGCUGCUCUUAUUUGUCUGAAACAUAUGACCUUUUAGAAGCACCAAUGCAACCUCUUGAUAAAAAGCAGCAAACUCGCCUUUGGCAGCAAAAUCAGUACCUCACUGAUUCUGGAAUUCAUUCUGCUUUAACUACUCAUACGCCCAGCAUUACUAGCAAAGCAAACCUUGACGAGAAUGAACCAGAGGAAAGUAUUCUUAGUCAAGCUUCUGGUCCAUAUGUCCAAGCUUGGUCAUCAAGUGGGCCAAUGUCGGUGUAUCCAUCGGAGUCUUGCCUCCUCUCACCCGGUACCCCAAGUGCUAGUAGUAUCAUUGGCAUGGACCCCAACAGUGAAAUGUCUAGCAUGACAUGCUCCAGAUCUGAUGCUACAAUGGAUCCUAGGGGGAAUAAGAUUUCUGACCUAGACACAGAUGAGGCUGAGAAUGCGAUACCCGAACUUGUUCGUCUCAUCAAAGAUGAGGAUGAUAAAUUUGUCAUCUAUCAAGCUUCAACAAUGGUUUUUCACCUUAGCAAGUCGGAGGCUAUAGAUGCUCUGAUUCAAUCAAAGGAAAUGAUUUCGUGUAUCCUUUCGGCGCUUGAUCCCACUGGAGAUCCUGAGACAGUUAGACUACUUGCCGGGACGCUAUACAACAUGUCUCAAACUCAAACUGGUCUCAAGGAAAUUUUCCUCGCGAAUUGCGUUCCGUGUCUCGUUGGACUUCUUAACUCCCCUGUCGAGUCGGUUCUCUUUUACGCAAUUACCACUCUCCACAACCUUCUUCUUCACCAAGAAGGUGCUAAAGCAGUUGUCAGACAAAGUGGAUGCUUGCAGAAAUUGACGUCCCUUCUUCAGAAAAAUAACAUCAAAUUCCUUACUAUUUGCACCGAUUGCCUGCAGAUUCUCGCCUACAGCCACCAGGAAAGUAAGCUUCAAAUUCUGGCUGGUGGUGGGCCUAUUGAACUGAUUAGAAUCCUGAACACGUAUCAAUAUGAGAAACUUCUCUGGACUACAGCUCGUGUCUUAAAAGUUCUUAGUGUCUGCACUUCGAACAAACCGGUGAUUAUUGAAGUAGGGGGCAUGGAAGCUCUAGCAAAACACUUGAACAAUACAAGCUCUCGUCUUGUACUCAAUUGCCUCUGGACACUUCGUAAUCUUUCAGACGCUGCCACUAAAUUAAAUGACCUUCAACCAAUCCUUACUACAGUUGUCCAACUUCUUGCCAGCAAUGAUCUAAACAUUGUUACUUGUGCUGCGGGGAUUUUAUCUAAUCUCACUUGUAACAACAGUGCCAACAAACUCAUUGUCUAUAGGAGAGGUGGUCUUCGUGGAUUACUUCACGCCCUCGGGCACUCUCAUGCUAAAGAGGAGAUUCUCGAACCUAGUAUGUGCGCUCUGCGCCACUUGACAAGUCGUCAUGAUGAAGAGGAGAAGGCGAGAAGUGAAUUUGUAACUCAAUUGGGAGGUCAUAUCCCUGUUGCUCAUGUACUCCACGCUGCGACCGCAGGAGUUUGUCCAGAAUUGUGUCUUGUCUGUCAGCCUCCUCACACUCCUCUUACCUCUUGGACUCUUGUUAAAGCCGUAGUUGGAUUGCUGCGCAACCUCUCAAUGAAUGUGGACAAUCAUCGUCCAAUGUUGGAGACGGGAAUUGUAGCCGGCCUCUCUGUUCUCCUUUACGCUACGCAGUAUGAAAUUGCCAAACGCAAAGCGACAGCUGCCCAGAGAAAUGGGAAUGGAAGCGGACCAAACGCCGCCUCACAGACAAUGGUUCACAAUGUGCGACUGGAGGAGAUUGUUGAAGGGAUCUGCGUCGCCAUGCACAUGCUUUCGAGGGAACCUGGAACCCGGCUGCAUCUAUCGAGAUUCAGGGCUCCAACACUCAGCUGUCCCGGUUUUUCGUCUGGUGGUCCAUGUACACCUGGUCUCAACAUUUUCGUCCAUCUCCUCUGUACCUCAACGAAUGAGUCCGUGCACAGAGCUGCUCUUGGAGUAUUAGUGGAAGUAGCCCAAGAUCGAGACACCUUCGACGCCAUUGCUUCAGUUCCAGGAAUUUCUAACCGUUUGAAUGAGCUAGCGAGCUCAAGAAACGAAGCUAUUUCGACCUACGCAAGCACACUCAUUCUUCGUUUGACUUCGCCUUCACCACCCCCGAAUUCGAACCAGGGUCCACAAUCAAAUAUCGAUGACUCAUCUUUGGUUGUAGGAAGUGGGAAGAUGGUUGUUGACACCCUUAAUACGCCACCUCCACCUCCGUUGCCCAUGGACACUAGUUGUGGUGGUCGAAUGUCACCUGUCACUGCCACAUCAACAUGUUUCUCACCUCCUCAGCCCAUGUAUCAUCAACAUCAUGGACAAUCGAUGGUCUAUGGAGGACUUCAGCAACAACAACAGCAAGGACCCCCGCCUCAGAGAUACGCACCUCCGCCUCCCGGAAAUUACCAUUACUCAAGUAAUGAACCAGUCGGUGGCAGUGGUAACGGUUGUAGCUCCUUAAUGGCCAUGGUCGGUCCACCUCCCAAUUCAUCUACUUAUUCAGGGGGCAGUAGUAACGGUUGUCCAAUGAAUGUCCAACAACAGAUACCGCAGCAACAGCAGCAUCCACCACAUUGCUAUCAGCAACAAAAUAUGAAUGAGGGCGCCUAUCAGCAGUGCACGUGGGGGAAUCCGUCGUAUCCACAAGAGCCUCAAGGUAGGUCGAUGUAUGCAAAUCAAAUGCCUCCUCAUCAUGCUGCCUCGGCACAGCAACCUCAAUCACAAGAAGGCAUGUAUGCCCCUCCUGGAAUGGGGUAUAUACAGCCCUCUGGAAAUAUGAGAGGUGUCCAACCAGCUUACCAUCACAGGGGCAGCUCGGCUGCAGCUCAAGGUGGUUACUAUGGUAGUGGACACAUGGAUACUCAACAUGGACCCCCAUCUCAAGGUGGUCCUAUGACUUCGCCUAACCCUCGUGGUUGCUAUUCGUCCUCUAUGGACACUACAAACAGUACUAGUGGCUAUGCUAGUCCUGGAACAGCAAGCAAGAUGGCAAUGGCGGAUGAUUAUAUGAAUCCUGUCAUGGAAACUACGAUGAAACCGUCGGUCAAUCCUUCUACUCCAAAUUCGACGUCAACUGGCGGAAACCAACCUGAUCAUCGUUGGUUCUCUUCGGCCCAAAUGUGCCUGCCUUGA